UAUCAUUCGCAGCGAUAUUUGCUCUCAACUCUCGACCAUAUUUACUCAUUGCUCUCUCUUUUACCGACCUUAUGGGGCAUUGCGUUGCAGAAAUUACUGUCCUAUAUACACUCAGUUGAUAUUUUCAACCCACCGGACUCUGUCGUUGACGAAAUCCUUCGCUCUCUGAAGAAAAUCGUGCAGGAAAAUCCCUCCUUGGAAUGGGCAUCCAUCAUCCACCUCGAUGACACGCGAGUGUUGAAGCGCUUCCGUUGUUCCAUGCGUGAGGCGAGAGCCAUGGAACAUGUCCGCCAGCUCACUACCAUUCCCAUUCCUCGUGUCCACUGGGCCUUUGUUCGCGACGGCAGGCGCUACAUCGUCAUGGACAGAGUAAAGGGUCAAACCCUUCGCGCCGCAAAGAUUUCUGACCUAUCCAUUCUCCAUAAUAUCGCUCAGUCAGUCAUCUCCUACCAGCGCCAGCUCGAAGCUCUCGGUGCCUCAUGUCGGUCCCUAGGGUCUUGGCCAGAGGGCCCGUAUCGAAAUUCCUAUUUUGCACCCGCACUCCAGGAGACUAUGAUAGGAAUAGAAGAGCCAGGUGUUUUUCAAUCAGUUGUGGACUUUCACAAUUACUGGCGCGUUCGUUUAGGCCGUGGUGCGGUCCUGCUACCUCCCGAAGACAGCCUGGACGGCCCUUCGGCGGAUGCGGUGCUAAUGCACGCUGAUUUGAAUGACCACAACAUUAUGGUUGAAAACGGGGCCAUUACCGCCAUUUUGGAUUGGGAGACUUUGGGUUGGUACCCGCGCUUCUGGGACAAUCUGCUGUUGCGCUCUGGGGCCAUAUGGUCACAGUCAUGGUCUGAGGUCAUUUUAUCUGAAUGGGGUGAGAUGGUGGAGCCAGAGAGAAGCUACUCCACGGCAUUGGGCCGAUUUUGGUCCUUGGGAUGAACUUAGUUAAGUGUUUCGGGAUCUCAACUUGUCUUUGUACCGCCCCUGCCAUGAGGUCCCCGCCCAUUCCGUGGGCGGCUACUUGAAUUGCCAUCCAUGGGACUGCCACGGGGUCGAAGAUGUCGAUGACGUU